AUGAUCAUUUGGGCAAAAGCGAGCGACUUCCUCGGUCGAAAGCUCAUGCUUGUCAUUGCUGUUCUUCUCUUCCUGGCGUUCUCCGGGGCUUGUGGCGGGGCUAGUAAUAGCCUUGAGCUAAUUGUCUUUCGAGCCUUCCAGGGUAUAGGUGGUGCUGGAAUUUUCAGUAUGGUGCCCAUAAUCGCGGCAGAAAUGGUCCCUCAAGACAGAUACGGACCAUACAAUGUUGCCAUAUCAUUGACAAUUGCGCUCAGCUACUUGCUUGGGCCUUUGCUUGGAGGCGCAAUCUCAGACAACACGACCUGGAGAUGGAUUUUCUACAUCAACCUGCCACUUGGCGCCAAGGGUCUUCUACUCAUUUAUGUCACCAUGCCCGCUGCAUUUCCCGAUGUGUCGAAUCCCGCGGCGCUAUGGGUGUCCCCGAGCGUCACAAAUUAUCAGGGGAAAAUUGACUACCCCGGAUUCUCUAUACUUCUGGCCACCUCUGUACUUCUUAUUGUGGCGAUUGAGGAAGCGGGAAUUGCUUUUUCCUUGGAUUCGGCUAUUGUGGUCGUCUUUGUUACUCUGUCGGCUGCGCUCUUCGGUGCCUUCCUCGUUUGGGAGUGGUACUUGUAUAAGUCCCGAUUAAGCAGAGAGCCCGUAUUUCCGUGGCAAUUUACCAAGAAUCGAGUUUUUAUGGGAACGUGUCUGUAA